CGACAGAGAAAUUUCCGAAGCCGUUAUGUCAGAUGGGAAAUGUAAAUAAUGAAGAAGUGUGAAAUGAAGAUACUUAAAUAAAAUAUAAAAAAAAGUAAGAAGAAAAGGGGAAACAAAAAAGAGUGGACAGUAAUCUGUAAGAAUCAUUUAGAGGACACGAACUUCGAGAUGAUCAUAUGCUGCGGCGGCGAUAUCCAAAUUCUGUCCGUCUGAGCAAUACUGGCGUCAACAUCCUGGUCUCUUUGAUAAAUGAAAAUACAUAUAUUUACAUGCCAAAAAUGUAGUAAUUGUCUAUUCAAUUAUCAUGAAAUGGACACAUUUUCUCGUUAGUUAGCGUGGAAAUCACGUUAUCUGUGUGGGCUAAAUGUUCAUAUAGUUACUAGCUAAGAAACAGUACUAAAAAAUAGUCUUUCAGUAAUAUAUGCUCUGUCUCUUAUAUCAGAUGCAGUCUGGGGAAAGCACGAAAACAGCGGUUUCAGCCAGUAUAGAGAUCUGUUACUGACUUACAUGGAAAUUCUUGGAUUGAUGGCUAGACCAUUACAACAAGAGGACCAUUCAGCAAAGGUCGAAGACUGGUAUUUUGUUCCAUGCAUGCUGAAAGAGCCUCCCCCGGAGAAAGAAACCUGUUAUUGUGAUUCUCGAGAUUGCAAGUCUACAAGUAAACUCUGCUAUACGACGGCUGCAGAGCCUGAAGAAAGAUUCUUGCCAGCUACAAUGUUCAACAAAGUACUUGCUGCAUGUCUACAAAAAUGGCCAUUAUCAAAACAAAACAGAAAAUCCAUGAUUUUCUGUGGUGGCGCUAUUUUCAGUCUGAAAGAGAACCACUUCCUCUAUAUUUUCUUCUACGAGCAUGUGAUACAGAUCUGGAUAACACGGUCAAGUUCGGAUGGACAGUUUCCAAAUAUUUCACUCUGUACUGAGACCAAACACAACAUCGAAUAUAUAUUGAAAACAAACAUCAGAAUGCACAGUAAGAUUAUAGCGUUUGUAAAAUGCCCAAGAGCUGUUCUUUAUUCAAACGAAAACAUGAUACCGCUUGAACAUACGGAAGAUGAUUCAACAGAGGAAAUCGUUUGCUAUUGCCAGGAUAUCAAACAUGUUGUUCGGUAUUGUGAUCUGACGAAAUAUUGGUCAUGUGUUCAAGAUUCAAAUAACUCAUCAGAAUUUGAAAGCGACCAGACCACUCUCACUGAAAAGGACUUCAGUAAAAUUGCAAAUAGGAUUGGCAAGGAAUAUUUACAACUUGGACGGAAAUUAGGCAUUAGAGAAGCCAAACUGGAUCACAUUCAAUUAGAUAAAUCGACUACACAGGACAGAAUAGUAGCAAUGCUCUGCGAAUGGAAAAAACAGAUGGCAGACAAGGCAACAGCUUCUGAGUUGAGACGGGCGCUCGAAGCUAUCGGUAUAGAUGCUUCAGCAGUUCUGCAAUGAUUGACAUGCAUUUAUGUGUUUCGGGAAUUAGAAGAGUCUGGCUAAUUUGCGCCGAUGAUUGACAUACAUUCAUGUUUUAGGGAAUUAGAAUAGUCAAGCCUAUUUGCGUCGAUGGUUUUAUAUAGAUUGCAUUUCAUAACUUACACCAUCUACCGUAAUAUGGAUAUAUUACUGCGAUGUGAAUCCAUAUAAAAUAUUUCACCGGGUAAAACAGCAUUCAUAAUAUAAUCAUUGCAUAAUUAAUUUUGAUACAUACUUCAAACGGAAGUGUUUAUUGUGCAGUGUAAAAUGUAAAUGCAAUAUAUGUUGUCAUUCUCAUUUUAGGAAAAUAGAUAUCAGUUGUCAAUUAUAAAAAAAAAACUAAACUUAAAAUAAAUCGGGCUUAAAUGUGAUAGAUGUUUGAAGCGUGACAAUCUUCAACUAACGGCGGCUGUUAGAAUUACAUAACAGUGUAGUCUUGCCAUUUGCAUUAGGGAAAUUGCACUUUUUUUCACAUGACUACGUAUGUAAACAAUCAUUUUCUGUCUAGCAUUGUGUCUCCCGUAAUACUGUACAUUUAGGGUAAAACGGUUGCAUAUAAGGCUUCAUCUACGUGACCGUGAAUUGUAAAUGGUUCAGUUGUUGAAAUUCAGUACACUUGUAAUGUCUGCUUCAAUGCAAUUUUUGUUGUUUUUUUUUUUUGUUUGAUUUCUUGCAGUGUUUAAAAAUGAUUUAGUGAAUUAAGUAUUGCCAUACAAUACAAUGUCCGGAUCCACUACUGGAAGGCACCUGUCAAUGAUGUAUAAACAAUAUUGUACUAUAUAAACAAUAUUUUACUAUAUAAACAAUAUGUUAUAUCACAACACAUGGAUUAAAAUUUGCAUAUACAAAAUC